AUGUGGUCGACCUUGGACGAAGCAGACGCUUUAGAUAGUAGCGCUGAUCUGAUCGUGGGCGAAAGCAGGGUGCAGAGCUGCGCAUACCUCGCAGCACCAGAGGUCGGUCUUGUCGUGCACUACUCUCCACAAGAAGACGAUGCGCUCUAUCCGCGACAGCUGGGAUAUUGUCCGCAGUGCAGCAGCCGUAUUUGUCCCGAGGAGCAAGUGGAAUUGGUGGCAUGA